CUCAUCUGUUACAAUGUAGAAAACAUGUAUUAGCGUAUAUAAGUAGCUGGGUGCCACUGUUUAUACAAACCUGACAUUUGUGCUAUCCUGUACUUCACUGAGACAGAACAAACAAAAAAUAUGUCAAGAUACGUUGCAGUCCUUUUCUUUGUAAUUUUUGCUGUGGUGAUUGCAUAUCCUGGAGGAGGUGGUCACCCGCAUGACGGAGGAACAGGUGGUGACCCCCAUCAUACAGUAACAGGUGGUGACCCUCAUAAUGGAGGAACAGGUGGUGACCCUCAUAAUGGAGGAACAGGUGGUGACCCUCAUAAUGGAGGAACAGGUGGUGACCCUCAUAAUGGAGGAGGCGGUAAUCCUCAUUACGGUGGAGGUGGUGCUCAAUAUGGAGGAGGUGGUGCCCCACAAUAUGGAGGAGGUGGUGCGCCCCAGUAUGGAGGAGGCGGUGCCCCACAAUAUGGAGGAGGUGGUGCGCCCCAGUAUGGAGGAGGCGGUGCCCCACAAUAUGGAGGAGGUGGUGCGCCCCAGUAUGGAGGAGGCGGUGCCCCACAAUAUGGAGGAGGUGGUGCGCCCCAGUAUGGAGGAGGUGGUGCCCCACAAUAUGGAGGAGGUGGUGCGCCCCAGUAUGGAGGAGGUGGUGCCCCACAAUAUGGAGGAGGUGGUGCGCCCCAGUAUGGAGGAGGUGGUGCCCCCAAUUAUGCAGGACAGGGUCAACCUGCACAGUAUGGUUAUGAUUACUACCAAAAGCAUUGCCCGUGUAGCAAAGUUCAUAAGAAAAUUGACUUUGUGUUCGUUAUUAAAUUGGUAACUAAAAACUAUAAACCACCAGGCCACAGACGACAUGGAUUUGUUUCUAUUCAUACUGAUGUUUUGACAGUUUGUCAGAAUGACAAGAAAAAGAAGCCGUACAGUGGUAGAGGCAGCAGUCAACCAAUGGCUAGACUGGAAACACUCAAAAAUGCAGAUGCUGGUUGUGGACCUUUUGAUGGCAUGCAAGAAGGAAGAUGUUAUAUCGUCAGGGGGUAUACAUCAAAGCCAAGUUACUACAGAUAUUUCAACAUAGACCAAUGCAAUCGUCCUGAGCCUGUUCACUGCGGCUAUGCAAAGUGUCCAUACUAUUGAGGUUAUUGAAAA